AGUAUCCAAGCGAUUUCGUAAAAACUACAUUCAUCGUUUCACCGCAACCAAUUCGUUUUUUGUCUUCAGUCCGUGGAAUCCUAUUCGAAAAGCGUGUAUAUACAUAUCAACAAAUCAAUAUUUUGAUUACCUUGUUAUGGCCACCAUUUUGCUCAAUUGUGUCUUCCUAGCCAUGACAGAAACCAUCGAAGAGGCUGAAUAUAUUUUUUUAGCCAUCUACACGGCCGAAAUGAUUAUAAAAAGUAUAUCCAAAGGAUUUAUAUUAAACAAAUAUACGUAUCUACGCAAUCCUUGGAACUGGUUGGAUUUCGUCGUGAUAACAAGCGGAUAUGCUACGAUAGGAAUGGAAGUGGGGAAUCUCGCCGGAUUACGUACAUUUCGUGUUUUACGUGCCCUAAAAACCAUCUCAAUAUUACCAGGUUUAAAAACGAUCAUCAACGCAUUGUUACAUUCCUUCAAACAACUAGCGGAGGUAAUGACGUUAACAAUUUUUUGCCUUAUGGUGUUCGCCCUAUUCGCGCUUCAAGUUUACAUGGGCGAACUACGAAAUAAAUGUGUUCUGAAAAUGGAUGAUCACAACGCAUCGUACGAAAAUUGGUUUAACUGGACGAAUAAUCCGGAUAAUUGGUUGAUAAAGAAUGAAACUGGCGAGCCUCUACUCUGCGGAAAUGUAACGGGGGCGCGUCACUGCCCCAUUACGCAUACAUGUUUGUGUGUCGGCGAAAAUCCCAAUCACGGUUACACAAGUUUUGAUAACUUUUUGUGGUCGAUGCUCACAACGUUUCAGCUCAUUACGUUAGAUUAUUGGGAAAAUGUAUAUAAUAUGGUUCUAUCAUCGUGUGGACCCAUAAGCGUGUCGUUUUUUACGGUAGUAGUCUUUUUCGGUUCUUUUUAUCUAAUCAAUUUGAUGCUGGCUGUGGUAGCUCUUAGUUACGAAGAAGAAGCGGAAAUUACUCAAGAGGAACGAAAAAAGGAUCUCGUGGAUCACCGUGAAGACUCCACGUUUAGUUUCGAUCCUUCGCAUAUUAACGUAAAAAAAUUAUCUAAGCACAAGUUGAAAAAAAUCGACGCACGAAAGGGUGUUUUAUUAGCUUCAUAUUCACGAAAGAAGACUCGGCGAAGAAAACGGCCGAAAACUAACAGUAAUGGAGGGGGCGGCGGCGGUAAUAAUAGCGGGUCUAUAUGUUCUCCAAAGCAAGAGGAAUCGAAUUCUCCAACUCCAACAAAGCAACGUAGGUCGGUUACCCCAAGUCCUAGUCCCAGUCCUCAUCAUAAUCGUGGUUCGCCGACAACUCAAGCACUCUCAUUAGCUCUUCCAGUCAAACACGUACAACUUUCAGAAACAAAGUGUCCCGAAACACUUUACCCUUCCAAUAGGCUCGCUCCAUUACGGCCCGGUUUACAUAGUCGACAAACAAGUAGUAAUAGCGAGGGUAAUAAUCGUGAAUCUUCAUUUGAUGAUUCGGGGGUGGUGGACGAUCACGAAGAAGCAGAUGCUACCUCUGAAGAUGCCGCAACUCACACUCCAAACGUUAUAAGACACCAAAAAAUAGAUGUUACUCCAGUUACGUUAACUUUGAGUCCUAAACAAAUUAAAGUAAUUAAGUGUAAUGGGGUUGGAACCUGUAAGAAAAAGAAUCAUAACGUGUAUAGUUUACCUGCAGAUUAUCUAUCCCACAUCGUUGUUAUAGAUGAUAUACCUGAUCGCAAUUGUUCGUGCUGUGAACAAUGCUGCAUAAAUUAUACAAGUUGGCUUCAAUUUCAGCAGGGGCUUUAUCAAAUUGUACGAGAUCCUUUGUUCGAACUUUUUAUUACCGUAUGCAUUGUACUUAAUACAAUGUUCUUAGCAUUAGAACAUCACGGUAUGAGCGAAUCCGUGCACAGAGCGCUCGAUGUCGGAAACAAAGUAUUUACUUCCAUUUUCACCUUAGAAUGUACAAUGAAACUGAUGGCGCUCAGCAAGGACUUUUUUAAGAAUGGAUGGAAUAUUUUCGAUCUAAUUAUAGUAUCCGCAAGUGUCCUAGAUUUAAUUUUCGAGCUUGUCGACGGGCUGUCGGUGCUUCGAGGCUUGCGAUUGUUGCGCGUUCUUAAAUUAGCGCAAUCGUGGAUAACUAUGAAAGUUUUAUUAAGUAUUAUCAUUAGUACAAUCGGUGCUUUAGGAAACCUAACUUUCGUUUUAGUAAUUGUUAUAUACAUAUUUGCUGUGAUAGGAAUGCAACUUUUUUCGAAGGAUUAUACGCCUGAAAAAUUUUAUCCGGAUCCCGUUCCGAGGUGGAACUUUACCGAUUUUUUCCAUUCGUUUAUGAUGAUUUUUCGGAUAUUGUGCGGCGAGUGGAUCGAGCCUCUUUGGGACUGCAUGCGAGCAGAAACGACAGAAGGCCCGGGCACUUGCUUCGCAGUAUUUCUACCAACGCUCGUUAUGGGAAAUUUUAUGGUGCUUAAUUUGUUCUUGGCGUUGCUGCUCAAUAGUUUUAAUUCGGAAGAGCUCAAAAGUCGUAAAGAGGAAGUAGGAGAUGAAUCAAACAUAGCGAAAAGUUUCGAAAGGAUCCAAGCGCUUAUACAACAACGACGUCGGAAACGUGCCUUAGCUCGAGAACUUCGUCAAAACGAAAGUAAUUCACGUUUGGAACAGAUCGUUCGAGAAGUUAUGCAAAGACAGGCCGAAGAGAGAGAAUUUACUAAGGGAAUACACACAAAGGCUUACCAGGAAACUUUAAUUGGUUUUCCUCCGGACAAGAUUUACAAUCGGAGCUAUCAGGAGGCGAUGAAUAGGCCAAUCUCUUUAAUCAGUUACGAUAAAGGGGAAUUUAAAGUGAGUAUCUCAAUUAGUUGCGGUUGUCCCUCACGCAAAUAUUUCUUAAUUCUCACAAAACGAACUUUUAUAAUAUAAACUCAGCACGAUGAUUAAUUAUAUAGGAACUCAACUUCAGAAAUAAGAUAUUUCUGGAGAUGAAUUCAUUUUGACGAAACGUAUUAAUUCGCAAUAUCAAAGCAUCGUUCUCUUCAAACUAGAAGGGAACGUUUGUUUUUAAUGUCUGCGAUACUGGGAAGUUGUAAAUAAUU